UGUUUGUCCCAUAGCGUGUGCCGUAGUUGACAAAACGUGUGUGACUGAGAGUUAGCCUAGCCUAGCCUAGCCAUCUGUGUUCCUGAUGCCUGUACUGUGACAGUUGUGUGGAGCGGGUAUCCUCUUCAUUAAUAACAAUUUUCUCCUCAACAUGAGUGACAGCGAUGAGGAUGACAUCCCUCAGCUAUCAGCUGCUACUCUUGCAGCUUUACAGGAGUUUUAUGCUGAAAGGAUUAAUGAAACGGGGCAGGAACAGCCUGAACAGACAGACAACUACACCGUCGGUGCCCUCAAGGAGGACUGGCAUAUGAGCCAGUUUUGGUACAGUGAUGAGACAGCUACCCGGUUAGCUGAGGAAGCCAUCCAGCAAGCGGGAAAACAAGGAAGGAUAGCCUGUGUUAGUGCACCAAGUGUGUAUCAAAAACUGAAGCAGCUGGAGUCCCAAAGAGAAGAUGGCUCACAUGGUGUCUCAUCCGUGCUGUUUGAGUUUGACCGUCGAUUUGCUGUUUAUGGCGAGGAGUUUAUCUUCUAUGACUACAACAACCCACUAUGCUUACCAGAACACAUUCUUCCACAGAGCUUUGACUUUGUAAUUGCAGAUCCUCCAUACCUGUCAGAGGAGUGCCUCAGCAAAGUGGCACUGACAGUGAAAUUCCUGACCAAGAGCAAAAUGCUGCUUUGUACAGGAGCCAUCAUGGAGGAGCUUGCAGGAAAGCUCAUGAACUUGAAGAUCUGCAGUUAUCUACCGAAACACAGUCACAACCUUGCCAAUGAAUUCCGGUGUUAUGUUAACUAUGAGUCGAGCCUCCUUUCUUGAGCAGCAGGAUUGGAAUGGGACCUGAAAGCUGUUUGAGACGUUAUUAUAACCUCUGACUUUCUAAGUUUGAAUGAGCAGUUAGUAAGUGGUUGGUCAUUUACUGUAUUGGUUUUGUGUGAAUUGCCAUAUCUAAAAGGUUUAAAGUUAUGAAUCUUGACUCUUUUAAUGCUUUUUUUUAUUGUUCAUAACUUGUACAUAUUUAUAAAUAUUAGCCACAUACUUCUUGUAAACACUGUACACUAGAUGCAAGCAAAUAAAAUG